GGGAGCGGGCGGCGCUGCCCCCACCCCAAAACGGAGCUGACAACGGAGGCUGAGUCGGCACCUGGACUUCAGAAUGGGGACCCUAAAAUCAGCGCCGUGACUGUGAGGCUGGGACCCCAAAACUGGAGGUGGGACCCCAAAACCAGCAGCAGGAUUCUGGAAUUGGAUCCCGAAACUGGAAUUGGGAGCUUGGAAUUGAGACCCCAAAAACAGCAACGGGACCCCCAAACUGGGACCCCAAUAUCAGCACCGGGACCCCAAAACUGAGACCAGGACCUUGUAAGUGGGACCCCAAAAUCAGCAGCAGGACCUGGAAAUUGGACCCCAAUAUCAGCACCGGGACCCCAAAACUGAGACCAGGACCUUGUAAGUGGGACCCCAAAAUCAGCACCAGGACCUGGAAAUUGGACCCCAAUAUCAGCACCGGGACCCCAAAACCGAGACCAAGACCUUAAAGUGGGACCCCAAAAUCUACCCUGGGACCCCAAAAGCAGACCCAUGACGAUGUAAUCAGCAUCAAGGACCCCAAAAUCUGGCACUGGGACCCCAAAUUUCACCACUUGGACCCAAAAAUUAGCAUUGGGGACCCCAAAAUCCGGCACUGAGACCCCAAAUUUCAGCACUCGGACUCCAAACCCAACACCAAGACCCCAAAUUCCAGCACUGGGACCCCAAAUUUCACCACUUGGACCCCAAAAAUCAGCAUUGGAGACCCCCAAAUCCGGCACUGGGACCCCAGAUUUCACCACUUGGACCCAAAAAUCAGCAUUGGGGACCCCAAAAUCCAGCUCUGGGACCCCAAAUUUCAGCACUUGGACUCCAAACCCAACACCAAGACCCCAAAUUCCGUCACUGGGACCCCAAAUUUCACCACUUGGACCCAAAAAUCAACAUUGGGGACCCCAAAAUCCGGCACUGAGACCCCAAAACCAGGACCCAGGACCCAUGGCUGAGGGGUGUCCCCUCCCUGGGGAGGUGACAGAGGGGGACAGCGGUGUCCCCAAAGGGGACGUCGAUGUCCCCGAGGUCACCGUCACUCCUUGGGCCAGCGGCAUCACCAUCACUGUGACGGUGGCACCGGCGGAUGAGGACAUCGAGGACAUUUGGGACAUUGGGGACACCGAGGACGUUGGGGACAUUGGGGACACCGCUGAGGACAUUGGGGGUGCGGAUGUGGGGCGCGGGGACGUCCCCGUUCCACGUGACAGAGAUGUCCCAACCCUGAAGGGUUUUGGGGACGGGGAUGGCAUUGAUGUCACAGCCCUAAAGGACACUGAGGUGACAGAGGUGGUGACACCAAGGGGUGUUGGGGACAGGGAUGUCCCAACCCCGGGGGAUAUGGGGGGCAGGGAUGUCUCCAUCUAUGGGGACAAGGAUGUCCCGGUCCACGAGGAUGAGGGUGACGGGGACAGGGAUGUCAUAGGUGUAUGGGAUGAUGGGGACAAGGGCUUUGGGGACGGGAAUGCCACCACCCCAAGGGACGAAGUUUGGGAUGUCCCCGUUCCCAGUAUGGAGAAGGGCAGUGGGAAUGGGGGUGUCUUGGCUGCUGGAGACGAGGACAUUGGGGACAUCCCAACCGUAAGGGACAUUGGGGACAUCCCAACCGUAAGGGACAUUGGGGACAUCCCAACCGUAAGGGACAUUGGGGACAAGGAUGUCACAACCCCUAAGGACGAGGACACCAAGGAAAAGCCUGUCCCAACCAUGGGGGAUGAGGACUUUGGGGGCGAGGGUGGUGGGGACAGGGAUGUCCCGUCCCCAGUGGGCUUUGGGGACAAGGACACUGGGGACAAGGAUGUCCCAUCCCCUAAUGGCAUUGGGGACAAGGAUAUUGGGGACAAGGACAUUGGAGAGAAGGGUGUCCCAUCCCCCAUGGGCUUUGGGGACAAGGACUUUGGGGACAAGGAUGUCCCAUCCCCCAUGGACUUUGGGGACAAGGACGUCCCAUAUCUCAUGGGCAUUGGGGACAAGGACAUUGGGGACAAGGACUUUGGGGACAAGGAAGUCCCAUCCCCUAUUGGCUUUGGGGACAAGGAUGCUGGGGACAAGGAUGUCCCAUCUGUCACAGGCUUUGGGGACAAGGACUUUGGGGACAAGGGUGUUCCAUCCCCUCUGGGCUUUGGGGACAAGGUCUUUGGGGACAAGGAUGUUGGGGACAAGGAUGUCCCAUCCCCUAAUGGCAUUGGGGGCAAGGAUGUUGGGGAGAAGGAAGUCCCAUCCCCUAUCGGCUUUGGGGACAAGGACGUCCCAUCCCCCAUGGGCUUUGGGGACAACGACAUUGGGGACAAGGAAGUCCCAUCUGUCACGGGCUUUGGGGACAAGGAUGUUGGGGACAAGGAUGUCCCACCCCCUAAGGCCUUUGGGGACAAGGACAUUGGGGACAAGGACUUUGGGGACAAGGACGUGCCAUCCCCCAUGGGCUUUGGGGACAAGGAAGUCCCAUCUGUCACGGGCUUUGGGGACAAGGACUUUGGGGACAAGGAUGUCCCAUCCCCCAUGGGCUUUGGGGACAAGGACGUCCCACCCCCUAAGGCCAUUGGGGACAAGGACAUUGGGGACAAGGACUUUGGGGGCAAGGAUGUCCCAUCCCCUAUGGGCUUUGCGGACGAGGACAAUGGGGACAAGGAUGUCCCAUCCCCUCUGGGCUUUGGGGACAAGGACUUUGGGGAGAAGGAUGUCCCAUCCCCUAUCGGCUUUGGGGACAAGGAUGUUGGGGACAAGGACAUCCCACCCCCUAAGGCCUUUGGGGACAAGGACUUUGGGGACAAGGACUUUGGGGACAAGGAUGUCCCAUCCCCCGUGGGCUUUGGGGACAAGGACGUCCCAUCCCCUAAGGCCUUUGGGGACAAGGACGUUGGGGACAAGGACAUCCUACCCCCUAAGGCCUUUGGGGACAAGGACUUUAGGGACAUGAAUGUCCCAUCCCCUAUCGGCUUUGGGGACAAGGACGCUGGGGACAAGGAUGUCCCACCCCCUAAGGCCUUUGGGGACAAGGACUUUGGGGACAAGGAUGUUGGGGACAAGGAUGUCCCAUCCCCCAUGGGCUUUGGGGACAAGGACGUCCCAUCCCCUCUGGGCUUUGGGGACAAGGACUUUGGGGACAAGGAUGUCCCAUCCCCCAUGGGCUUUGGGGACAAGGACGUCCCAUCCCCUAAGGCCUUUGGGGACAAGGACGUUGGGGACAAGGACAUCCCACCCCCUAAGGCCUUUGGGGACAAGGACUUUAGGGACAUGAAUGUCCCAUCCCCUAUCGGCUUUGGGGACAAGGAUGCUGGGGACAAGGAUGUCCCACCCCCUAAGGCCUUUGGGGACAAGGACAAUGGGGACAUCCCAACCCCAGGAGAUGUUUGGGAUGAGGAGGUUGGGGACAUCCAGGUCCCAACCCUAAGGGACUUUGGGGACAGAGAGUUUGGGGACAGAGAGUUUGGGGACAAAGAGUUUGGGGACAAAGAGAUUGGGGACAAAGAGAUUGGGGACAGGGAUGUUGGGGACAAAGAGAUUGGGGACAAAGAGUUUGGGGACAAAGAGUUUGGGGACAAAGAGAUUGGGGACAAAGAGUUUGGGGACAAAGAGUUUGGGGCCGAGGCCAUCUCAGCCCCGCAGGACUUGGGGGGCAGGGAUGUCCCCCCCCGAGGGGACAUUGGGGUCGUGCCCCACGGGGACGGGGACAUCCCGGCCUUUGGGGUCAGCGAGGAUGGCCGUGGGGACACGGUUGGGGACAUGGGGGGCGUGGAUGUCACCGCCCGGGGGGGUGAUGGGGACAGAGAGGGGACGUCGGGAAGGGUUGGGGGCGUUGAGGGCGCGCGCGGUGCCGGUGACGUCAUCACCAUCACGGUGACGGCCCCGCCGCUGGAGGACGGCCCCGGCGACGAUGACGUCAUCGCUGACGCCAUUGCCGCCCAACCGCGCGGUGUCGCGGGGGGGCGGCGACGUCACAGCUGCGCUUCCCGGUGACGUCAGCCCUGAGGGCGACGUCACCUCGGCGGUGGCGGGGGGUGACGUCGUGGCCGAGCUCGUCGACGGCGAUGACGUCACUUCCUUUCUCCCCGGAGGAGAGCCCGGUGGUGACGUCAUGGCUGCGGGUGAU